AUGGAGUUUUAUCUCUUGAUUUGUUUAGUUUCAAUAAAUGGCAAUGAAGCGGCCAGAAUUUUGGGUAUAUUUCCAAUGCCUUCAAUUAGUCAUCAAGUGGUCUUUCGUUCUUUGACACUGGAGCUGGCGAAAAGAGGCCACGAGCUUGUCGUUCUCACGACUGAUCCUGUCUUUCAUAAGGGAACCUCACCAGGAAACUACACAGAAAUAGAUGUCCACGACAACUCCUACCAAAUAUGGAGAAACAGUUUCCUUCAAACAUCAAAAGGCAAACUUCAAGAUCGCUUUGAAGAGGCCAGACUAGUAGUGGACGUAAUACAUCAGUUGUUUAUCAAACAAUUGUUAACGGAUGAGUUUCAAGAAAUAUUGAGAAGCAAAAAGAAAUUCGAUUUGGUAAUUCUAGAGGCCAUGAUGAAACCAGCUAGAGUGCUUUGUCACGUGUUCAAUGCACCUGCUGUAAUCAUAAGUUCCUUGGGAGGUAUCGGAGAUAUUUACGACAUUGUUGGAGCCCCAACCCAUCCGUUAUUGUAUCCAGUAUGGAUACGUCGAAGGCUGCAUAAUCUGUCUUUCUGGGAGAAAUUGAGCGAAUUAUACAAUCAUUAUACCUUCGAACGCUUGUGGAAUGAACUGGAGGAGAAAGAUAAUGAGCUGGUCCAGAGUGCGUUUGGGAUUAAUAUGCCAAAACUAAAUGAUAUGGUGGAUAAUAUCAGUUUGAUUCUGUUGAACGUACAUCCGAUUUGGGAACACAAUCGUCCGGUUCCACCGAAUCUUAUUUAUAUUGGAGGUAUUCAUCAGAAGCCACAAAAGGCAUUGCCUUCGGAUCUUAAAACGUAUUUAGACUCGUCCAAACACGGGGUAAUUUACAUCAGUUUUGGUACGAACGUGAUACCUUCGCUGUUGUCGCCAGAACGAAUCCAAGUCCUGAUCAAAGUGUUCUCCCAACUGCCCUACGAUGUGCUGUGGAAGUGGGAUAAAGAUGAGCUGCCGGGAAAGUCGAAAAAUAUCAGGACUUCGAAGUGGCUGCCACAAUCUGAUCUGCUUAGGCACCCGAAGGUUAAGCUUUUUAUAACCCAAGGUGGUCUGCAGUCUACGGAAGAAGCGAUCACCGCUGGAGUGCCACUGAUUGGAAUGCCGAUGUUAGGAGAUCAGUGGUACAACGUGGAACUUUACGUAUUCCAUAAAAUCGGAGUAAAACUUGACAUGGACAAACUGUCUGAAGAGACACUCAGAUAUAGCAUUCAAGAGGUCAUUGGUGAUGAAAGUUACCGUCAGAACAUAGCUCGUCUUCGAACACAAGUGUAUGAUCAGCCUCAGAGCCCUUUGGAGCGCGCCGUGUGGUGGACGGAGUACGUGCUGCGUCACGGAGGAGCCAAGCAUCUGCGAGCUGCCGGCGCCAAUCUAUCCUGGUCACAAUAUUUGGACUUAGAACUUACUUCAGCAUUAUUCAUUACUUUUGUUAUGACGAUAACGAUUUUAAGUUACAUUAUUUUGUAUUUAUUGAGGAUUUUACGUAGUUACAAUUCCAUUAACAAAAUAAAGAAAUCAUGA